UUCACAACAGCGAACCUAAAGCAGUUGACGCAGCUGAACUAGUUGACGCAGCUGAACUAGUUCACAACAGGGAACCUAAAGCAGUUGACGCAGCUGAACUAGUUCACAACAGUGAACUUAAAGCAGGUGACGCAGCUGAACUAGUUCACAACAGCGAACCUAAAGCAGUUGACGCAGCUGAACUAGUUCACAACAGCGUUCGCUCCUGACUGAACACGGCCGCCGGGGGGAUCUGACAAGUGGCUUUGAGGUUUUCUGGACAUUCAAAAAACCACGUUAUUUUUCAACAGACUGUAGAAGACAUUAAUCCAAUUGCAAAGAUGAUUUCCAAACUGAGCCACAGCCUGAGGAGCGCUGCCCCGGCCCUGACCAGAGCUGUCCACUCUGGGACGCGUCCUGCCUCUACCGCUGCCUCCAAACUGAAGAUGGACCAGCCGCUCACCGCUGAGGAGGUGUAUGCCAGAGAGGAGAAGUAUGGAGCACACAACUACCACCCACUUCCUGUGGCGCUGGAGAAGGGAAAGGGUCUGUAUUUGUGGGACGUGGAGGGCAACAGAUACUAUGACUUCCUGAGCGCCUACAGCGCAGUGAACCAGGGCCACUGCCACCCCAAGAUCAUCGCUGCUCUGAACGCCCAGGCCUCCAAGCUCACCUUGACCUCCCGGGCCUUCUACAACGACAUCCUGGGGGCCUACGAGGAGUACAUCACCACCCUGUUUGGAUACGACAAAGUACUGCCCAUGAACACAGGUGUGGAGGGCGGCGAGACGGCCUGUAAGCUGGCCCGUAAGUGGGCCUACACUGUGAAGGGCGUUCCCAAGAAUCAGGCGAAAAUUAUCUUUGCAAAUGGUAACUUCUGGGGACGAACCAUGGCGGCCAUCUCUAGCUCUACAGAUCCUAGCAGUUACGAGGGCUUCGGUCCCUUCAUGCCCGGCUUUGGGCUCAUCCCUUAUAACGAUAUCCCUGCUCUGGAGAAAGCUCUUCAGGACCCGAACGUAGCAGCCUUCAUGGUGGAGCCCAUUCAGGGAGAGGCUGGUGUGGUAGUUCCUGAUGCUGGGUAUCUCACUACUGUCAGACAGCUCUGCACUCAGAACAACGUGCUGUUCAUAGCCGAUGAGGUGCAGACUGGACUGGCCCGUACGGGCAGACGGCUGGCCGUGGACCAUGAGGAAGUACGGCCGGACAUCGUGAUCCUAGGAAAGGCUCUGUCAGGAGGAGUCUACCCUGUAUCUGCGGUGCUGUGUGAUGAUGAGGUGAUGCUGACCAUCAAGCCUGGAGAGCACGGCUCUACCUACGGAGGAAACCCUCUGGCCUGUGGCGUUGCCAUGGCAGCUCUAGAGGUUCUGGAGGAAGAGAAGCUGGCGGAGAACGCUGAGAAGAUGGGCCAGUUGCUGAGGUCAGAACUGUCAAAGCUUCCUAAAGAGAUCGUCCCCAUCGUCCGGGGAAAGGGCCUCCUCAAUGCCAUCGUCAUCAAGGAGACUAAAGACUAUGAUGCCUGGAGAGUGUGCAUCCGUCUCCGUGACAACGGACUGUUGGCCAAGCCCACCCACGGUGACAUCAUCCGUCUGGCCCCUCCCCUCAUCAUUAAAGACCACGAGGUCAGAGAGUGUGCUGACAUCAUCCAGAGAACCAUCAUGUCCUUCUAGAACCACCUAGAACUUAUUCUAGAACACUGGAACCAACUAUCAUCUGCUGUGAACUAUCAUCUAUUGGAAUGCGUUACUAAUUCUAAACAUUUAGCAAAUGAGUGUUAUUGUAUUGUAAGCAGUACUCUCUUAAGUUAAUUUACUGUGAAAAUGUAUGUGGAGAAUAGAUUUUUUUUUCACAGUACUGCUAUUUUGUAGUAAUGUCAAUCUAAGCAUCAUCCAAGCUGAAGGUUUUUUCUUCUGAAGUGCUGUGACUGAAAAGGGUUACAGGGUUAUUCCACUGUUGCUCCAAUGCACCUUGGUUUGACCUUAAACCCAGGGAUGUUUUUAAUUAUUGCAUCUGGUUAGUUGGAAGACGGUUGAGAUACUGAUUUAAUUUUGUUGUUAAUUCUGGCAACUACUACUGCAGCAAAGCUAAAAAAAAUAAAAUGUAAUGUGCUUAAAAAAAAGUUUUCACUUUUUAAAACAAAAACAUAACAUUUAAAUAAUUGUAAAGUAAUUUAUUUGCUUGUUGGUGAAAUGAGAAAAAAAAAAAAAACGUUUUACUGAAAGACACAGGUAUAACCAAUAAGAAUAUUUUAAGUAUUUAAAAGGAAAUAUUUUAAUACCACUAUAACUCAGUGAAAGAAUUGAACUGCUGUUCUGUUACGUUAUUCAAACAAACCACAGAAAACCUUUUCAAAACGGCAGUAGUGAACAACUGUACUCAUGCUACUUAUGAUACAGAAAAGUAUUCAGUAUGUACAACUACUACCCUAUAGGCCCUGGUCUAAAGUAGUGCACUACUACCCUAUUAAUCCAAAUCAAAAGUAGUGCACUAAGGAAAUAGGGUGCCAUUUCAGAGACGACCUCUAAUUAAGCAAUGACGCCCGAGGAGGUGUGAUAUAUGGCCAAUAUACCACGGCUAAGGGCUGUUCUUAUUGGCCAUAUCACAAACCCCCGAGGUGCCUUAUUGCCAUUAUAAACUGGUUACCAACAUAAUUAGAACAGUAAAAAUAAAUGUUUUAUCAUACCCGUGGUAUACGGGUCUGAUAUACCACGGCUUUCAGCCAAUCAGCAUUUUAAGGCUCGACCCAUCCAGUAUUUUUUAUAAUUUGUGAUAUUAUACUUCCUCCAGCGACGAUGCGUUUUAUGAGUGACAUCGUUUAGGAGUCAUCUGUUCCCCUGCUAAGGUCCGUUCGGUCAGGGGCCUCUUCAGUAUUAAUCUGUACACUCUGUGGCUGCCUCUCAAAUGGUUCUCUAUGGGAGCUGGGCAACUAUUGCAUCAAUGUAGGAAAUACGGGACCAUUUGAAAUGCAUCCCAGUGUUUGUUGGGAACUUGCUAAAGAGAACAACAUUUUUAAAACAAACUGGAAACUGUUGCUGGCUGAAUAUAAUUUUGGAUUCUAUUGCAAUACGAAUAUUUUAAGUUGUUACAUAAUGUUCAUAAUAAAUAGUUGGAGUCUUA